AUGCUCCCCACCCCCAUCCAGCAAGCCUGGGACGCUUGCUCAAAGACCGACACGCUCUUCAUCCUCGUCUGCACCGUCUUCUGCUGGCCCAUCAUCCCGGCCGUCGGGCUGGGCUACAGCGGGUACAGCACGCGCAAGAGCGGGCUGGCCUCGUUCUAUCCGUCGAUACUGGCCAUCGCGUGCUGCUCGAUCCAAUGGUUCGUGGUGGGCUACACGCUGGCGUACGGCGGCGGGGACGGCGUCGUUUUUGGUGAUCUGAGCUACGCGCUGCACCGCGGCGUGCUGGCCGAGCCGGUGGGCACGAUCCCCGCGAUCUUGUUUAGCGAGUUCCAGUUGGUGUUUUGCGCUACGGUCUGCGUCAUCUCCAUCGGCGGCGCCUGCGAGCGCGGGCGGAUCCUCCCGCUGAUUCCAUUCAUCGUGCUCUGGGCCACCCUCAUCUACUGCCCCCUCGCCCACAUGGUCUGGUCAGAAACCGGCUACCUCUCCACCCUCGGCGUCCUCGACUUCGCCGGCGGGACCCCCGUGCACAUCUGCUCGGGCGCCUCCGCCUCAGCACUCAGUCUCUACCUAUCCUACCCGGUCUUCCGCUCGCGCCGGUCCGCAACGCGCACGCCGUCGCACCUGGCGCUGCACCGGCCGCACAACAGCAUGUGCCAGCUGCUCGCGCUGAUCGUCAUCUGGAGCUCGUGGCUGGCCUUCGACGCGGGGACGACGCUGGCGCUGAACUUCAAGAGCGUCAUGGCGCUGUGCGUGACGAACGUGUGCGCGUCGGCGGGUGCGUUGACGUGGGCGGGGAUGACGUAUUGGGAGGAAGGCAAGUGGUCGUUGGAUUCGACGUUUAUGGGGGCGAUUGCCGGGUUGGUUAUGAUUACGCCUUCGGCCGGCUUCAUCGACAUGCCCACAGCCUUCUUCUUCGGCAUCGGUGGCGCCGUCGUGUGCCGGCAGGCGCUGCGGAUCAAAUUCACUUCCGCGGCGCAGCGCUUCAAGUGGGUCGACAACGGUGACACGUUCGCGACGCACUGCGUGGGCGGCGUGCUUGCCACCAUCGCCACCGGCCUCUUCGCGCGGAAAGAGGUGGCGGCGUACGACGGCGAGACGGACAUCGCCGGCGGUGUCUUCUUCGACGGUAACGUGCGGCAGCUAGGGGUGCAGCUGCUCGAGGCGUUGAUUGGGUUUGUCUGGUCGUUUGUGGGAUCGUUCGUGUUGUAUGCGUUGAUUGAUUGCGUUCCGGGAUUGGAAGUGUUGGCGGAUGAUGAGAGCGUCGUUGCUGGGAUGGAUGCAUCGCAGAUGGACGAGUCAUUGUACGAGGCGCAAUGGGCCGAGGAGAUCGACUACCACCCAUUCGGGAAGGACUCGGUGAGAUUAGAGUAG